AUGGGCAAGGGGAAUGAAGAUGCAUCCUCGUCCAACCUGUCACCGCCGCCGCAUGCCUCCCGGCAUGCCACACGCAAAGCUGGACGUAUGCCACCCCUUCCGCCGCUUGUUUUUGAUACAACUCCUGGAGCUAGCAUAUCCAAAGGCCAUCCGCCGCCUAUUGCAACUGGCGCCAGUACGCCGCGGUACCCUGAGCCGCGAACCAGGCCGAGGUUCUUUGGCCUUGAGGAGGCGCCUACAUUCUACCCGACAUGGGACGAAUUCCAAGACCCACUCAAGUACAUUCAAUGGGUCGCUCGCCCCGAUGGUGGCAAUGGGGCUGCCUGCGGUAUCGCUAAAAUCGUCCCACCAUCUGGCUGGCAAAUGGACUGUGUUGUCGACGAACAAACGUUCCGAUUCCGAACUCGCGUCCAGCGAUUGAAUGAGCUGAGUGCCGAGCGUCGUGUGUCGCAAAACUAUACGGACCAACUCGAGCAGUUCCAUGUCCAGCAAGGGCAUGGCCGCUUGCACAUACCGCGGCUUUCUCAGAGCCCUGUGGAUCUGUAUGCACUCAAGCGGUGCGUCGAGGCUGCCGAGCGCCCUGUGGACUGGGAUGCCAUCGCCCAAUGGCUCGGAUACGACCUAUCACUGGUCCCGAAAGCAUCUAGCGUGCUCGCCUCUGCGUAUACCCAACUUGUUGCGCCGUUCGAAGCGUUUUUGCGAGCGGCAUCCACUGGCUUGUCUAUGUCGCCUUCCACCAACGGUAGUACCGCGGCGCUGAAGGAUACCACCAAUAUAACAAAAGCGUGUGCUACGUGCCAACGUGAGGCUGCCAGUGUUCAAUGCAUUGACUGCGAGCGUGCGUUUCACCUUUCAUGUGUGUCCCCGCCUCUGUCAGAGCCCCCUCGUGACGACUGGGUCUGUCCUGCGUGUCUACUUCAGACAGGCGCAGAUUUUGGGUUUGAGGACGGAGAGACACACAGUUUGUACAGUUUCUGGCAACGCUGUGGUGCGUUUGAAGCGCUUUGGGCUGAGCGGGCGGCUAAGCAAGGCGCCUCGCAGUGGCGUGAUCGAGCCUCCCUCUCUGUCCAUGAACGUGAGGACCUGAUUGAGGCCGAAUUUUGGCGACUGGUUCACAGUAGGCACGAGCUGGUCGACGUGGAAUACGGGGCGGAUGUGCACUCUACAACGCAUGGGCAUGCGUCCCCUACAAUGGAGUGCCAGCCCCUCAAUGUGUACAGUCGCAGUGGCUGGAAUCUGAACAACAUGCCGAUCUUGAGCGAAUCUUUGUUACGCUACAUUCGAUCAGAGAUCAGUGGCAUGACCGUGCCCUGGAUUUACCUGGGGAUGCUAUUCUCUGCGUUCUGCUGGCACAACGAGGACCAUUAUACCUAUUCGAUCAAUUACCAGCACUGGGGGGCACCCAAGACAUGGUACGGUGUGCCGGGUGCGGACGCGGAGAAGUUUGAGGCAGCCAUGCGAAAGAUUGCGCCAGAGCUCUUUGCGUCCUGCCCCGAUCUCCUACUCCAGCUGGUCACGAUGAUGAGCCCAGCGUUGGCACAGCAAGAAGGUGUCCGGGUCUAUGCUUGCAAUCAGCGCGCGAACGAGUUUGUGGUCACUUUCCCCAAGGCGUAUCACUCGGGCUUCAAUCAGGGCUUCAAUCUCAAUGAGGCAGUGAACUUUGCGCUCCCUGACUGGGUUAUGCAGGGCUUAGAGUGUGUUCAGCGGUACCAAGAGCAUGCUAGGCAACCUGUCUUCUCGCAUGAUGAACUGCUUGUGACCAUUGCUCUGCACAAUCAGCACCUGUCCACGGCCCUGUGGCUUCAGCCGGCUUUCGAUGACAUGGUUACGCGCGAGCUGGCGGCGCGUGAGCAGGUCCGGACCCAAAUUCUUCACGCACGUGCGUCACGGGGCGCGAUGGAAGAGGCCUACGAUACCGACGGCGAGGUGCCCUGUGCGCAUUGCAAGACGCUGUGCUACCUCAGUCACGUGGUAUCGGCGGAUCGCUCCCACACCGUCGCGUCGUGCCUGGCGCAUGCCGCGCAAGUGCAUGGCGCCGCGCCGGGCGCUUGGCUCUUGCGUGUGCGCCAUGAUGAUGCUUUCUUGAAACUACAUGCUCACCGUCUACACGAGCGUGCCUCCGUACCAGUGGCUUGGCAGCAGCGCGUGCGUAAAUUGCUGGAGCAGCAUCCUCGGCCGCCUAUUCGCACGCUGCGGAUGCUUGUCCAGGAAGGCGAGAAGAUUCAUUUCCCACUUCCUGAGCUGGAGCAGUUACGCGCGUUCCUCGUGCGUGCCGAGCCAUGGAUUGUGCAAGCACAGGCUUUCCUGUCACGUCGCCAAGCCAAGCCUGCGAAGGUGGGCCGACGCACGAAGCGUGCUCGUUCUUCCACACCACCGACGCCCUCGAUGGAGGAUACGAACGCUGAUACCAAGCGCACGCCCGAUGCCUUGCUUGCGCUCCAAGCUCGUAUCCCGACGUUGCCCUUUGAAGCGCCGGAACUGCAAGCCAUUGACGGCGUCGUCGAGCAGAUGAAUACGUUCUGUGAGCAAGCGUCCGCGUUCUUGGAGCUGCACUGCGAGGUACGUGAGGCUGUGCAGCGCGUGGACGAAGCGGAGCGUACGCUGGGUCAAGGUGAGCUUCUUCAAGUGGAUCUGCCGCAGGUCAAGGCGCUGCGCCGAUGGAUUGCGCAUGUGCGUUGGUUUUCCGAGGUCCAUGGGAUCGGGACUGGUUUCUUGUCGUACGAGGAGGUACAAGAGCUGCUCACGGAGGCGCAGGCCUGCGACGUACCAGUCUCGCAUCCUUGUCGUCAAGAUCUCCUAGCGCGAGCUCAAGCGGGCGAAGUGUGGCAGCACAAGGCGCAAUCGUUGCUGGACGAAGCGCCUUCGAUCACACAGGGUGAUCUACAAGCGCUUCUCGACGUGCCUGCCCACGUUGCGACGCCCAGCGAGUUGCGGGCGCGCGUGCAUUCGCUGGAGCACAAAGCAGCGCAAUGGCACGACACACUCACGCGUGUCCACGAAGCGACGCAGCCUUCUCAUGGCCGUGGGCCGCCUACGGAGACGGCCGCCAAGGCAGACGAUGAGCCCCUGUUUCUGGCAGAGACACGUCGUGUCCUCUACGAGGCGCAGGCCGCGCGCCUGGACCUCCCUCUGGCCUCCGAACUCGCCAAUGCCGUGGCAUUGCAUGAUCAGUGGAAUGCAGAGCUGCAUCAAAUUCUGCAGUACCGAACAGGCGCUGCCGCCAAGGCACCUGUCCCGCUGGACGAGGUGGAUAUCCCUGCAGCGCGUGCCUUCUGUGAGCGUACGAUUCGCACGGCGUCCGCUGACGCAGUGAAUCGCCAGGCUCGUGAUGCGCCCUCGUACGAUACGCUAUGGACGUAUCCACCUGUCCCUUAUCCUCCGAAGCACUCAACGGAAGCUCCAUGCUUGUGUAUGGACCCCCACAUGGAUCGGGCUGCGUCCGUGGCGUGUGCUGGAUGCGCGACAGUGUACCAUUUGCGAUGCUUAGAGCGCAAGUCCAAGCCACCCAAGUCAUGGCGCUGUGCCUUUUGUGACGAUACGCAGCUCCCUAGCUGGCUAGCGUCGCGUCGCGCAGUCUCGCAAUUGCCCCUCGUUGCCCUGUUUCAGAACAAGGCAUUCCAGUGGGAUCAGUUCCGCUUCGUCCCGUCGAACUAUGCACGCUUGCAAGCAGCCGUUCGUGCGACUGUGGAGUUUGGCGUUGCCGUAAGCAUGCAGUUCCGCCAAGGGGCUUUGCCUGCCUCCUUGCUGGAUCCUGUACAGCCUACGCACCCUGCGGCCCCGCCAAGUGCGCAACUCCGUCACAUUGCGCGUCGUGCGUUUGCAUGCCCUAUCAAUGUGCUGCUCAUCGGCGACGCUACGCCUCAGGCGCACGUGCCAAGUGUUCUGGAUAUUCGCGAUGCUACGCGGCACUUGGAUGUGCCUCCCGACGUAUUUGUCGAUGUCCCAGCGAGUCUCAAGUCCGAGACGGAGCCAGUGCUGAAACGACAAGCGUGGAUGACCAACAAACGCAUCAUCCUGACGCUCUCGGGCUUUGAGCCGGCAGUGCCAGCACCCGACGUCGACGUAGAGUCAGCGACGCCAGCACCCCCAUCCGAUCGCCCUGACAAGCGAGCUCGAACAGCAUCGCCAUCGCCUCUUCUUACACCGGCAGACGAGGCAUGUCAUCGCGCCGGACAGGCCAACCUGCUUCGCCGUGGCGUAAGCGAAGCGAUGAUGCGUGCGUACCCCAUGGGAUGGGACGGCGAGUCAAUCGUGUGCCAUGUGGCGCCUGAUCGACAUAUUGUAUUGGGGCCCAGCAUUGUCCUCGCCGCCGACGAUCCAGAUGGAUCACGGCUUGUCCGUAUGGCCUUGGAGGGCUUGGUCCCAUGGGCGCACGUACGUACGUCGUCCGCUUGGCCACCUGCGUCCACACCUGCACCUGGACCAUUGAUUCCACGUCCGGAUCGACAGGCAACGCCGCAGGGUGGUCCUCACGUGUCGCUGCCUACCCUUCCUCCCCCUUCUUCCACGCCCUUCCCUCGUCCGAUGCUACAGGCAUCGCACGGAUCUGGUUGGCUGGAGAUCGAUGCCUCCAUGCCCAUGCCACGGCCCUCCUUGCCACCGCUGCAUCAGAUCGACCAGGAUCGCGCGGCGUUGUCCCUGCCGUCUUCGCAUCCUCUUCCUGCGUCGACCGAGGCAUGGAGUGCGCCACCAUCUCGCCAGGGCGAUCUUCCACCGCUACGUACUUCUCCCCCAUGA